AUGACGGACAGCGGCAAGUGUGCGUUUGUUCUUGAGAUCGAGCUUUUGGACGGUGAAGAUGGCAGUGUGACACUAUGUCAGCGUCGGUAUGUCGAUGAUAUCCUCAAGCGCUUUGGCAUGGAUGAUUGA